CUGGCGUAUGCGUCCUUCUCCGCGCACCGGACCCGAACACGCCGCCUUAUAUUGCUCGAGUUGAGAAGAUAGAAGCAGACUCCUCGAACCGCGUCACCAUGCAGUGUCGCUGGUAUUACCGUCCGGAGGAUUCUAUCGGAGGUCGAAGGCAAUUCCAUGGCUCGAAGGAGCUGUUUCUAUCCGAUCAUUGCGAUAGGUGUCAUCCAGAGGCCGUGGAGAGCACGUGCCGAGUACAUUCAUUCGCUGAGUAUACCACGUUAUCGACAGUUGAAGAGGAGGAUUUCUUUUGUCGCUUCGAGUACAAAGCAGCCACAGGAACUUUCAUGCCGGACCGCGUCGCCGUGUAUUGCACAUGUGAGAUGCCUUACAACCCUGACGAGCUCAUGAUUCAGUGCGAGAAGUGCAGAGACUG